UUAAAUUUCCAACUAUACCCUCACCAUUUCCCACACUCCUCGUUCUCUUCAAUACUUUGUCUUCUUCUCCAUUUCAAUUCCUUUAAACCCCACACCCCCAUUCCCUUUCAACAUCACCAUCAUUAUCGAUUUCAAUUUUAAACCAAAUCAAAUCACAACAACAAAAACACUCAUAAAACGAGUUAACACCGAUUCCACUCACUAACUCACUCAACCAUGAGCCGAUUCAGAAGAUACGAAAUCAUCGAAGAAGAACCGUUGCCUUUUCCCUUACCUUUCUGUCACUCAUCUUCCUCACAUUUCUUCGUAACCGAAACCCUACCAUUCCCUUCCUUCAUCCAAGAAUCUCUACCGUUCGAUCUAGAUCUUCUCCUCCCGAGUCAUUUCCACGCGGAUCUGGUGCGCGUGGAUCGUACGGCGUCGUUUUUGCAAAAACGAGUUGAGAAGCAGAGUGAACUCCGUUUGCAGAGUUUAACUGACCGAGUCGCCGAGUUGGAGUCGCGAUUCGAGCAGAUCCUCGGCGGGAAGAAGAAGAAGGAUGAGAAGAAGAAGAAGAGUAGUGAACGGAAGUACACGUGGACGACUGAGAUUAAAGGAGGUGAGAAGAAUGGGUUUGAUAGGAAGUAUAAAUGGAUAGCUGAGAUUGUUGAGGAAGAGAAGAAGAAGAAUAAGCAGAAAAGUGCGAUUGUGAAGAAUGUGAAAUGGACGGCUGAGAUUAAAGGGAAAGGUGAGGAUAGUGGGAAUACGAGGAGGUAUAGUUUUGCAGUUGAAAGUGGUGAUGACGCUGAGAAGAAGAAGAAAAAUGGGAGUGAGAAGGAGAAGGAGAAGGAGAAGGUGAAGGAGGAAGAGAAUGUUAAGGAUAAGAAGAAAGAGAGAAAGUUGCGGAUUGUGGAGAUUGAAGAACCUGAUGAUCAUAGGGUUGUUGUUUUAAGACAGGCAUAUGCUAAGAGGUUUGGCGCAGUUCAAAAUCAGAGAGGCAAAAAGAAGGAAUUAUCUCCUCAAGAUGCUGCAUUGUUGAUCCAGAUCACCUUUAGAGCAUACAUAAUCCGUAGGUCAAAGGCUCUUCGCGCCCUUAGAGAACUGGCUGUUGCAAAAUCUAAAUUAAAGGAACUCAGAGCCCAGUUCAAUAAUUUUUCCUACCGACGCCGCAUAGCUAGCGAUCCAGUGGAACGCCAGAGGUUUUCUGAGAAAGUCAUUGUCUUGCUCCUCACUGUUGAUGCCAUUGAGGGAGUUGAUUUGAUGGUUAGAUCUGCAAAGAAGUCAAUGGUGGAUGAGCUGGAAGCAAUGCUUGAUGUUGUAGAUCCCCAGCCUACUGGAGGUUCCGGAUCCUUCAAAAGAAGAACAUUUGAUAUGCCUGAUGGAGUCAUCCGGAAGGAAAUCGAAGAAGGUGUUGCACAAGUUGUGCAAAUGCUUGAUGAAGCCGAGAAUAGCAGCGACACCUAUGAAGCAUCCCAUCGUGAUUAAGGAAGCAAUAUUUAUUUGCUUAUUUCCUGCUUUCCAUCUGAGGUUGUAGUAUGUUGCUAGCCGGAUCCUAGUCUAAGGUUUGAGUACUUUUGUUUAGUUAAGCUUUUGUGUUUCACUUUCCUCUAAUGGUUUUGUCUUUGGUUAAUGUUUGGAACUUUUAUGAAUGAGAAAAAUUGGCUUCGUGCCAUGGGAGAA